CGGAGAUAUUGUUUCUGGAUCUUUCCUCUCUCUCUCUCUCUCUCUCUCUCUCCGCUGUCUCCCCGCGUUGUAGUUGUUCAGUUCUUGGUUGGCAUCCGCAAUGUCUGAGAACGCCGGUUGCUCGGUUUACGUCGGUAAUUUGGAUGAAAGAGUAAGUGACAGGGUGCUGUAUGAUAUUCUCAUUCAAGCAGGACGUAUUGUGGACUUGCAUAUUCCUCGAGAUAAGGAAACCAAUCGACCUAAAGGCUUUGCCUUUGCAGAAUAUGAAACUGAAGAGAUUGCAGACUAUGCUGUUAGCCUUUUCACUGGGCUUGUAACUCUCUAUAACCGUACACUCAAAUUUGCGAAACAGAUUUCUAGGGACAAGCCCUCACCAAACUUGCCCUUAGCAACCAUGCCUACAUUGAAUUCUUCUACCAAGAUGGAGCUGCCCCCUGUACCAUUGAACAAUACCAAAGUUUCUCCAUAUUCACCAAAAUUGUUAACACCACUUGCACCUGGUCUAGUACACAAAUAUAGACCACAUUUUGACAAGAAUUAUGACUACAGUCGGAGGAGUUUUCGGGGCAACAAGUGAGAGUCUUAGCUUCUCUAGGUUGAGCUGCUUUCAUACACCCAAUGAUCGAUUAGUAACAUUACAUUGUAUCUGUAGCUCAUGUGGAUGCUGUGGUAAGGAGGAGGCUUUUAGCAGCCAUUGCAAUAUAUUUAGCUUCAGGUGCUAGUCUGUGUUAAGGUUUAGUCAGUCAUAUUGUGCUUGUACAAGUAACCUUUGUAAAAUAUCACUCUUCAUAUAUCCUGUACUUAAUAUUUAAUGUUCUGAACUUUGAGGAGAUGGGAAUCAAAUGAAUUGCUGUCUCCAGCUGCUUUUUGGCUUCAGUCCUUGUGGCGGUCUGAAGCCUUUUAUUUAUUCUUGUGAGUACAACUGAAUACUGAGAUCCCCAAUUUAAGGCUCCGUUUGAAUUUGCUGUA